AUGCUUUCUCUCUCACCAACUCUAUUUCUUUCCUUUCUUCUCCAGACCUUCUUUCUCACCUUUUCUCUUUCUUUCCAUUCUUCUCCACACUUUCUCUCUCACCACCUCUAUUUCUUUCCUUUCUUACCUUCUUUCUCACUACCUCUCUUUCUUUUCUUUUCUAUUUCUCAUGCUUUCUCUCUCACCACCUCUAUUUCUUUCCUUUCUUCUCCAUACCUUUCUCUCUUUUCUCUUUCUUAUUUCUUUUUCCUUUCUUCUCCAGACCUUCUUUCUCACCUUUUCUAUUUCUUUCCUUUCUUCUCCACACUUUCUCUCUCACCACCUCUAUUUCUUUCCUUUCUUCUCCAUACUUUCUCUCUCACCACCUCUAUUUCUUUCCUUUCUUCUCCAGACCUUCUUUCUCACCUUUUCUCUUUCUUUCCAUUCUUCUCCACACCUCUUUCAUUCUCUCACUUUCUCUCCUCUCUCUAUUUCUUUCUUUCUUUCUUUUCUCCCACUCUACUUUCUCUCUCACCACCUCUAUUUCUUUCCUUUCUUCUCCAUACUUUCUCUCUCACCACCUCUAUUUCUUUCCUUUCUUCUCCAUACUUUCUCUCUCUAUUUCUUCCCUUUCCCAUUUCUCUCUCACCACCUCUUUCCUUUCUUUCCCUUUUUCUCUCACCAGACUUUCUUUCCUUUCUUCUCCACUUUCUCUUUUCUCUCUUUCUUUCCAUUCUUCUCUCAUUCUUCUCUCUCUCACUUUCUUUCUCUUUCUCUUCUCCACUUUCUCUCUCACCACCUUUUUUUUCCUUUUCUUCUCCAUACUUUUCUCUCUCUCACCACCUUUUUUCUCAUUUUCCUUUCUUCUCCACCUCUAUUUCUUUCCUUUUCUCUCUCUAUUUCUUUCCUUUCUUCUCCAGACCUUCUUUCUCACCUUUUUCUUUCUCUUUUUCCAUUCUUCUCCAUACUUUCUCUUCUCUCACUAUUUCCUCUCUCUUCUUUUCUUUUCCUUUCUUUUCCAUACUUUUCCACCACCUCUAUUUCUUUCCUUUCUUUCCAGACCUUCUUCUUCUCCUCCUUUCUUUCUCUCUUUUUUCUAUUUCUUUUCUUUCUCUCUCACCUCUAUUUCUUUUCCUUUUCUUUUCCACCUUUUCUCUCUCCACCUCUAUUUCUUUCCUUUCUUCUCCACACUUUUCUCUCUCACCCUCUCUAUUAUUUCUUCUCACCUUUCUCUCACCUUUUCAUUUCUUUUCCUUUCUUUUACUUUCUCUCUCACCACCUCUAUUUCUUUUCCUUUCUUCUCCAUACUUUCUUUCUCACCUUUUUCUAUUUCUUUUCCUUUCUUCUCCAGACCUUCUCUCCACCUUUUCUCUUUCUUUUUUCCUUUCUUCUCCACACUUUCUCUCUCACCACCUCUAUUUCUUUCCUUUCUCUUCUAUAUUUUAUCUUUUCUCUUUUUCUUUCCUUUCUUCUCCACACUUUCUCUUCCACCUCUAUUUUUUUUCCUUUCUUCUCCAUACUUUCUCUCCAUCACCUUUUUCUUUCUUUCUUCCUUUUUUCUCUCUCACCUUUUCUCUUUCUUUCUUUUUCACUUUCUCUCUCACCACCUCUUUCUUUUUUUCCUUUCUUCUCCAUACCUUAUUUCUUUCCUUUCUUCUCACCACCUUUUUUUUUCUUUCCAUUUCCUUUCUCUCUCCAUUUCUUUACUUUCUUUCUCUCUCACCCUCUAUUUCUUUCCUUUCUUCUCCAGACCUUUUUCUUUCUUUUCUCUUUCUUUCCAUUCUCUCUUUCCACUUUCUCUCUCACCACCUCUUUCUUUCCUUUCUUCUCCAUCUCCUUUCUCUCUCUCACCACCUCUAUUUCUUUCUUUCUUUUUUACCUUUCUUCUCCUUUUCUUUCUUUCUCUCUUUUUCUCUCUCUUUUUUUCUUUCUUUUUUACUUUCUCUCUCCAUCCAUUCUUCUCCCUUUCUCUCUCCACCUCUUUUUUUUUCUUCUCCUUUCUUCACCUCCUUUCUUUCAUUUCUCUUUCUUCUCCAUUCUUUCUCUUCUUCUCUCUCUCACCACCUCUCUUUCUUACCUUUUCUUCUCCAUACCCUUUCUUUCUCACUUACCUCUCUUUCUUUUUUCUUCUCCAUGCUUUCUCUCUCAUCUUCUUUCUUUUCUUUCUUUCCUCCCAUACUUUCUCUCUCUCUCUUUCACCUCUCACCACCACCUCUAUUUCUUUCCUUUCUUCUCCAUACCUUUUCUCUUUUUUCUUUUUCUUCUCCCUUUCUCUUUUCUUCUCUCUUUCUAUUUCCUUUCUUUCUUUUUCUUCUCCUAUUUCUUACUUUCUUCUCCAUAUUUUCUCUCACCUCUCUCUAUUUCUUUCUUUCUUCUCCAUUCUUUUUCACCUCUAUUUCUUUUUCCAUUCUUCUCCAUAUUUUCUCUUUCUUUCUUUCCUUUCUUCUCCAUACUUUCUCUCUCACCUUCUCUCUUUCUUUUUAUUCUUCUCUAUACUUUCUCUCUCACCACCUCUCUUUCGCACUCUCUACCUACUCACAGUCAUCUCUUUUCUUUCUUUAUAUUUCUCAGCCCUUCCGAUCUCUUUCAACCAAUCCUGCAUCAUGUUCUCAAGACCUACUUCAUUCUUACCAUUUUCCAGCUGUUUCUUCAUGCACACAAGACAGCUGGCAUCAACUGGACACAGCAAGUGCACUUCUGACACCCAUUAUUCUUUUACUCAUUAUACCUCCACCCAUUAUUCUUUUUCCCAUUAUUCUUUUUCCCAUUAUACCUCCACCCAUUAUUCCUUCACCCAUUAUUCCUCCACCCAUUAUUUCUUUACCCAUUAUUCUUUUUCCCAUUAUUCCUCCACCCAUUAUUUCUUUUAUUUUUUCCAAUUAUUCUUCACCAUUAUUCCUUCACCCAUUAUUUCUCCACCCCAUUAUACCUCCACCCAUUAUUCUUUCACCCAUUAUUCCUCCACCCAUUAUUUCUUUACCCAUUAUUCUUUUUCCCAUUAUUCCUUCACCCAUUAUUUCUCCACCCCAUUAUACCUCCACCCAUUAUACCUCCACCCAUUAUUCUUUCACCCAUUAUUCCUCCACCCAUUAUUUCUUUACCCAUUAUUCUUUUUCCCAUUAUACCUCCACCCAUUAUUCCUUUACCCAAUUAUACCUCCACCCAUUAUUCCUUCACCCAUUAUUCCUUCACCCAUUAUUCUUUUUCCCAUUAUUCCUUUACCCAUUAUUCCUUCACCCAUUAUUUCUUUACCCAUUAUUUCUUUACCCAUUAUUCCUUUUAUCAUAA